UAUGCCCUGAUCCAUUCAGGAACUCUAGAAAAUCCAACAUCUUAAAACCCUAAGAGACGCACUCCAAGCUUCGCUAUUACCAGGCAUACCACGUGGGCUAGACAUCAAGUGUUCUAGGCCUUCAUGAACGCUCCAAUUCCCCGCGAGGGAUUUCGAGAGGGGAGAGUGAUGUCAUGACGACAUGGGCCUCAGUCGACACGUCCCCACGCGGCUCAACUGCGAAUGGUGGGCAAGCUUCGCGGGGGCUACGUCAUCCCGGGCACAUUCUAGAACUUCAGACGGCGGAGGAUAUUCUCUCUAGGUAAAUAAGCAAAUCGGUCAUGAAUGAUAACAAUUACACUACAGCGCAUACCUGAACGAGGUGGCCCUUGAGAACUUGAAGUCACAAUACUUCUUUCACAUCGGACGACGCCCUCGCCGAAACGCACAAACGCAGAUCUAGCGCUACCUCGAUAUGGCAACACAAGCUAGCGAAGACAUGUCACAUCCGAAACCACCUUCGAAGCCCGGUCAGAUAGAUCAAGAAGGGAGCAGACAACCACCAAAGCAGCAGCCGCAAAAGGCAGAAGCGCCGCAUAAGACCGAGACGGAGGAAAAGAUUGAGAAGGAAACUCCGCGGUUGAACACUGGUGCUUCAACAUCCGCGUCAGAAUCGAGCACACAGCAGGAUGGAGUUCAGUACGUGACACGAAGAUCAAGAAGCAAACGACAAGAUCCAGGCAGGCAACUCGGACAAGUUGGGCAACAGCAGGUCGCACCUCAGAACCAACAAAAUCGACAAGUGCAGACCACGAGCAGCAGUGGGGCGCCUUCCGUGAAGCUGGAUAUGAAUUUGGAUGUCGACAUUGAUCUUAAAGCAAAGAUCAAGGGCGAUGUAACGCUAUCUGUAUUGUGA